GAGAGCGAGGGACGAGGAGGAGGAGGACGAAGAAGAGGAAGAGGGAGGAAGGAAGAAGAGAGUAAGAAAGAGAGGAAGAAAGAAGAAGGAAGAGAGAAGAGGAGGAGAAAGAGAGAGAAAAGAAGACCAUCCUUUUGUUUUUCAAGCCCUGAAAGGAGAAAAGAAGAAGAAGAAAGAGGAGGAGAAGGAGACCAGUGUUUCCAAAAUAUAAAAAAAAAAGAAAGAGAGGGAGAGAAAAAGAGGGAGAAAAAAAUAGAGAGAGAGAGAGAAAGAGAAAAGACACGUUGUUUUUUUAAGGAUUCAUGGCCAGCAGGGGUAAGUGUAGCCACGCAGGAAUCUCCACCAAAUCUACUACUACCACAUCUACCACAAAUCUACCACAUCUACCACAGUGCAGCUGCCGGGCGUAGACUAACCAACCCCCCCCCCUCAAAAAAAAAAAAAAAAUUAUAUAUUGCCUUAAGAUAUGCCUAGAAUGAGCAGGAAAACAUCAUACUCUUAUCAUGGAGUCAAUGAAGGAGAGAGUGAGGAUGGGCAGCGUUUGAGGUUCCAGAUCGAACUGGAGUUUGUCCAGUGUCUGGCUAACCCCAACUACCUGCUCUUCCUGGCACAGCGUGGUUACUUCAAGGACCAGACCUUUAUCAACUACCUCAAGUAUCUUCAGUACUGGAAGGAGCCUGAAUAUGCAAAGUACUUGAAAUACCCUGUGUGCCUUUAUUUCUUGGACCUUUUGCAGCACGAAAACUUCAGGAAGGAGAUUGUCAACGGUCAAUGUGCCAAAUUCAUUGACGACCAAACUGUGUUACACUGGCAACACUACACAAGGAAGCGCAUGAAACUUCUUGAAACUGGCUUCAAUCAACAGGGUUCGCACACUCCAGUUUCCCAGACAACUGCCGUUUCAGGAGCACAGCCACAGGCUACUAUGCCCACCAGUCUUAUUAAUGGUCAUGGGCAGAUCCAGAAAGUGUGAAGAGGAAAAGCCAUUGCUGGUCUGAGGGUUUUAAGAU